AUGCUGUUCGCGCGGGUCGACGCGCUCGGUGCCAAAGGUCUGCACCACUUGGUUGGAGGGUCCGGCUUCCGCGUCGUGGAUAUCAUCGCGUUUGUGCUUGCCACGCCAGUCCAGUUCCUCUUUGGCUUUCGCUUUUACAGAGGUUCAUGGUACUCACUGAAGCAGCGCAGGGCGAACAUGGACUUGUUGGUCGCAUUGGGGACUUCCAUAGCCUACUUCUUCAGCGUAACCCUCCUCGAUGCGAUGGCAUUUGAGACAUCGUCAUUGCUGAUCACGAUUGUGCUGUUUGGGAAGUGGAUGGAGACGAUGGCCAAGAAGAAGACCACGGCAGGAGUAGAGUCACUUACCAAGCUCGCACCUCGUCUUGUUACAUUGGUGUCCAGGCCGCCUUCAUCGCAACCAAUUUACUCUGAACCGGUCAAUGCGGAGCUGGUGUCGGUGGAUGACCACUUCCAGGUCAAUCCCGGGUCAUCGUUCCCCCUGGAUGGUGCGGUGCAAGCAGGGGAAACAACGGUGGAUGAAUCCAUGCUCACCGGAGAGUCGUGGCCAGUGCGCAAGGGCCCCGGGGAUGCCGUGUACGCUGGAACUGUGAACGGCAGUGGUGCAGUCGUGGUGCGUUGCACAGCCAGCGACUCGGACUCGAUGCUGGAGAAGAUCAUCGAGCUGGUGAAACGGGCGCAAGAUUCGCGCGCCCCAAUCGAAGCUGUGGCCGACAAGGUCUCAGCUACAUUCGUGCCGGCCGUGCUCAUCGUCGCGUUGGCCGUAAUCGCAAUUUGGUUUGCGCUCAUCCAAAGCCCAGUAAUCCCAGGCGACUGGGCAGACGGUGAAGGCAACGUGCUCUUCUCGCUGUUGUUUGGUCUUUCUGUGCUCAUAAUCUCAUGCCCGUGCGCAUUUGGCCUGGCGACACCGACCGUGGUGAUGAUGGCGACGAGCAUAGGGGCACAAAAGCUGGGCAUCCCGUACAAGGACGGCAGAUAG